AUGCAGAGAGUGGAGGAUGAGACUGAGACAUCUCUCUCUUCCUUCUUCCUGUACAGGAGCCUGAGGUACUUCCAGAUCGGUGGCUCCUCCUUCCUCCCUGCAUGUUUCAACAUUAACGCGCACCUUGACUACAUUCGCGACACUACAUCCCAGGGGCUGACCACAGGAGAGGUGAAGAAGAGGAAGAGGAUUUUCGGGCUGAACGAACUUCAUGUUCCUCUCAAGUCGAGCCUGUCCCUGCUCCUCGACGAAGUCUUGAACCCGUUCUACGUCUUUCAGGUCUUCUCCAUCUUCAUCUGGCUCAUCGAUGGUUACACCUACUACGCGUGCGCCAUCGCCAUCAUGUCGAUCGUGUCUGCUGUCUCAUCCACCUACACUACCCGCAGAAACUUGAUGAGGAUCCGCAGGAUGGCGGAGGUGCGGCAGACGGUGACUGUCUACCGCCAGCUGGCACUGAGAAGGGAGGAGAACUACGUGGAAGUCGACGUGAGCGACCUGGUUCCCGGUGACAUCCUCAUCCUCAAUGGUUCCAUGGCUGCUCCUUGUGACCUCCUCCUCGUUCGAGGAAGCUGCGUGGUCGACGAGAGCAUGCUGACCGGCGAGUCUGUUCCGAUCCUCAAGAGCCCUCCCUCCUGUGAAGAGCUGCAGGAGGCAGAAAGGAGGAAGGAGGACAAGCUUUCCUGCGACAAGUGUUUGUGUGCGAGCCUGGUGCGAGGAGGCACGAAGAUCACGGAGGUCAUCUCUGCUCCUGGCGUCCAGGCGUCUGCUGUGGUCGUCAGGACAGGGUACCUCACAGCUAAGGGACAGCUUGUUCGAUCCAUUCUCAUCUCUGGAAGUGCAAAGAUGCAAUUCUACAGGGACUCCCUCCUGUUUGUAGCAGGCCUCGCCGUGGUCGCUGUGCUCGGCUUCUUCCUCUCCCUCUCUCGCAUGCUGACCUUCGGCGUCACCCUCCAAGACCUCAUCAUCCGAGCAUGCGACAUCAUCACCAUCACCGUCCCUCCUGCCCUCCCAGCUGCUCUCGUCAUCGGCCUGGAGAUCGCCAUGGUCCGCCUACGAGCGCAGCAGAUCUUCUGCUCCAGCCCCGUGCGAGUCAACGCGGCCGGUCAGCUCGACGUCGUUUGCUUUGACAAGACGGGAACUUUGACUGAGGACCGCGUCCACCUCCUCCGCUCCUUCUCGCUCGCCGAGAUCCUCUCCUCCUCCUCGUACUCCUCCUCCUCUCCCUCCUGCUCCUUACCUUCCUCUCCCUCCUCCCUCUCUGCUUCCCGCACCCCUCAAGAUGCAACCCCCUCGCUCUCCUCGUCUCAGCAAGACCACAACCUGUUGGCCUGCAUGUCCUGCUGUCAUGAUCUGACGCGGACGGCCGAGGGGCUCGUCGGGGACCCUCUCGAUGAGGAGGUCUUCGCCAGGACUGGGUGCAAGCUCGAGCUUGCGAGUCGGAAAGCUGAGGAGGGGAAGGAGGGGGAGUCUGAGACAGGAGAGGAGCAGGAGCAUGUGGAUGUGGUUCACUUUGAGCGAGCUGGACUCAAGCUGGUGGACGAGGAGCAGGGAAGGCAAGUGGAGGACGUUUCGGCUGCUGUGUUGCUGCGUCGGUUUCGUUUCACCUCGGAGCUCAAGCGCUGCUCCUGUGUAGCUGAGCUCGCGUGCUCGCGUGCACCUGUUCGAUGGAUCUUCGUGAAGGGAGCGCCAGAGGUCAUCUUCCAACUCUGCCUCCCCUCCUCCCUUCCUCCUUCAGCCUUCAUGCUUCUUCGAUCUCUCGCAGAGGACGGGAAGCGAGUGAUUGCGUGCGCACAUCGCAGCAUGCGGGAGGACGAGGCGACAGAGGGGAUCGAGAGGCGGCAGAUCGAGCGCGACCUUGUCUUCUGCGGCCUCCUCGUGUUCGAGAACCCGAUCAAGAGCGACUCGCUGCCCUCCAUCCUCCAGCUGCAGGCCGCCAACAUCCGAUGCUCUAUGGUCACUGGCGAUCACGUGCUGACUGCUCUGAGCGCAGCGCGGGCGUGUCGGAUGGUGGAAGAGAGGAGGGCAGUGCUCGUCGCUCUCGCCCCUGACAAGGAGGGUGGGACGCGAGCAAAUGAGGAGGGAGUGGAGGAGGAGGAGGAGAAGGAGGAGGAGGAGCAGUGCAAGAAGGGAGAUGUUGCUGUCGCUAUGACUGGCGAUACCUUCGACCUCCUCCUCCUCAUUCUCCUCCAAGAUGACCUCGACUCCUUGCCCGCUCGCAUUCUCCUGUCGCGGGCCGUUGUGUACGCAAGGAUGUCGCCGCUGCAGAAGCAAAAGCUCAUUGAGUUCCUCAAGGUCCAAGAGAAUCUGAUGGUUGGUUUCUGUGGCGACGGAGCCAACGACUGUGGAGCACUCAAGGCGGCGCAUGUUGGCCUCUCCCUCUCCCCUGCUGAGGCGUCUGCCGCUGCUCCCUUUACCUCUUCCUGCCCCAGCAUCAGAGGGAUGGUAACGCUGGUGCGAGAGGGGCGAGCAGCGCUUGCUUGCUCGGUAUCCUGCUUCAAGUUCAUGGCCAUGUAUUCCCUCAUCCAGUCCAUUUCCGUCCUUUGGCUAUAUCAGACCAAUUCCACUCUCUCGGACGCUCAAUUCCUAUGGAUCGACAUGUUUCUCAUCCUGCCCUUCACCGUCUCCAUGCCGAGGACAAGAGCUCGAGCCACUCUCCUUCCCAUCCUCGUCAAGACCCACCUUGCUUCCCUUCAAGUUCUCCUCUCCAUGCUCGGCCAGUGCGUUCUCUGCGUUACCUUCCAGGUACCCUCCUCUCUUCUCCACCCUUCUCCUCUGCUUCACCGACCGAUAAGGUCAGACACCAAGGAGAACAUCCUAUCGGAGGAGACGAGCGUCACGUUUCUCCUCAGCCUGUUCCAGUACCUCGCUGCAGCCCUGGUCUUCAACCUCUCCAACAAACUAAGAAUGCCCCUGUACAGCAACAUAACGCUCAUGCUCAAUUUUCUCGUCGCCCUUCUGUCCUCUCUUCUCAUCCUCUUCGCACUAGGUAAGUCCAUGUGA